UUGUGCUUUUAUAAAGUAAACUAAUUGUUUUCGUAUAAUUUUUAGAAACUUUUUCUGUAUCUAUGCAGAUAUAAAAGGAUAUACACAUAUUUUAAAAAUGUAUCGAAACUAUAAAUCAGUAAAAACUAAAAAUGAUAACAAUGAAAAAAAAUUUAACGAAAAUCAUCGAUCUAGUUCAUUACAUGUUAAUCUAAGUUUCAAUAAUGACUCUAUGGAUGCAGAUAAUAUAAAAAUAACAAGUAAUUCUGUUCAUAAACUAAAUACAAGUGGUUGUGAUAGAAUUAAUGACGAAGACGUGAAUAAUAGUAUCAAUGAUGUUUUGAAUAUGAUUCACCAAAAAGACGAAGCUUUAAAUGAAAGUUGUUCUCGUCUACGUGAUGCGAUUGUGAGUAAAACUAAAGAAAUAUUUAAUAAUUACAAUGAUUUAUGUACGAAAACAAUCAAAGUGUUACAAAGUCAACCACAUCAAGAUAUUCAUAAGAAACAAAGGAAAAAUUCAUCUAUACGUUGGAACAAAAGUCAAACAGUAGUUUCACCGAGAAGAACACGAGCAUCAACAGCUCGUAUUUAUAAAAAUAAUUCAGUAAUAGCAAAAAAUGGUUUUUUCACUGAAUCAUCUGAUGAAAGUAUUAAUUUUGGAAAUCCAGUCAUGUGUUCAACAUUCAAUAAUCAUCAUUGUAACAUACAUGAGUCUUGUAAUCGUGAAAUAAGAAAUAUUAACAAUAUUCAUGUUCAAAAUAUUUCAGUAACUCAAGCAGUUGUACCAGGAAAUCUAAAAGAAGCUUCUCCAGCAUCGUCUCCACCGAAAAAAUUACCUACAGUUAUUGACAUUCAGCCAUGCCAUAUUACUAUUGAAAGAAUAGAUCCUCAUAUGUUAAAACGUACAAUAAUACAGCAAGAACCAAUGGAACUAACAGAAGCUCAAGGAAAUAUUUUUCAUGAAUCAGUAGUUAAUAAUCCAAGCCAGAAAAAAGAUCUCAACAAUUUGUCCAUGUGUGUUAAUACCUCUCUGGAUCUAAUGAAUCAUAUUCAGUCUCAAAAUAAUAAACAAAUUGAUCGGGUUCAAGAUCAAAAUGUUUUAAAAAAUAUUACCAAUGUACAUAAUAAAAAAAGCAAUAUGAUAGCAGUACCUCGUACAACUAUCUAUUGUAAUACAAUUAAUAUUAUAAACUCUCCUUCAGUAAUAGAAGUUAAUAAAACAGAUAAUAUGUCUGUUAUGGAAAUACCAAAGAAUGUUUCUGAAGGGAAUGUUGCUGUUAGUAAAAAUACGAAUGAUUCUGCAAGAAAAAUUUCUAGUGAAUGUUCUUUUGUAGAAGGAACACCGGAAGCUCGAUCAGUGUCAUCGAGGACUCAAACAAUGCUCAAUAGAACAAAAAAAGAUGCGAAAACAAUAGCUGAAGUUGAAAAUAGGUUGGAGGAUUUAGAUUUAGAAAAGACUAUUAAUCUAGAUCAAUUGGUUAUUCCUCCACAUGUCAUUCGUAAAAGUAAAGGCACAAUUAUUAUUCAAGAAUCUUCAGAUGAUUCUGAUGAUGAGAAUAGUGAACCAAUUUCUAAUAAGCCUCCAGCUGAAAAAGUUUUUCGAAAGAAAAGAUUAUUUACUCAACAUGAUAGUCCGAGUUCUAUUAAAUGCAGUCCAGCUACACAAAAUAUGUCACCGUUGAUACCAUUGAAACGAAAAGAAUUGAAAAGGAAACAAAUUAAAAAGCAGCUUAUACCAGAAUGUGUUAGAAGAAGUUAUAGAUUAUCAAAAUCGCUGUCUCAGCCGAAUAUUAAUAAUAUGUCCUCGAGUUCAAGCAUAGAAGAUGGUGCAUUGACUCAGAAUUUAAAAAGUCAGAAGAAAAAAAAGAAACGUUUAAUUAAAAGCAAGAAAAUUGUAAUAAAAAAACCAGUAAGAGCAAAUAUAUUAAAUACACUUCAUAAUAUUUCAAAUAAUAAGUCUGAAGAGGAAACUGGUCUUCGGCUAGCUCGAGGCUCUGAUGUUUUUAUGAUGAACAAUAAAAUUUUUAAACGAAGAAAGACUCAUAAUGCUCAAAGUAUAGUUAUUGUUUCUACGGGUCUGACUAGCCGAGAUAAAGACUUGGUGAAAAAUGCAGCGAACAAAAUAGAGGGAGCAAAAAUGGAGUCAGUAGUAACUCGAAAAACAACUCAUGUUGUCACGACCGGAGUCAGAACAAUAAAUUUACUCCGGGGUAUAAUAAGAGGUUGCUGGAUUGUUAAAUUAGAGUGGGUGAAAAAGUCAAUGGAGGCGGGAAGAUGGUUGAAUCCAGAAAAGUAUGAAAUUGAUUGCUUUAGAGCUAUAAAGGAAAAUCGACGAGACAAGGAGAUAUUUGGCAGUGCUUACGUUUCUGAAUUAUUUACAACAUGUAGUCCAAUUUACAUUGAUGAAAAUACAACACCGCCAAGAGACGUUCUCAAGGAAUUAAUCGGAACAGCUGGAGGUUCACUGACGGAAGAUAGAAGAAAAGCAAAAGUUAUCGUUGGUCCUGAAGAUAUUAAAGAAGUUUGGGUAUUAGAUUCAAUAACAAGCGGGGAAUUGCAGUCUAUUAAUCAAUAUAAGAGAUGAUAAUAAUAAGGUAAAAGAUUUACAGUCCAAUUAUUUUAGUAAAAUACCCCUUCUGUCAUAUCCUUCCCAUCAAAGCUUUAAGGAAAUGAAAGUUUAAUUGUCUUCCUCUUUGAGAAAGAUCAAUUGAAAGGAUAAUAAUUCAGAGUUUGUGAUAUUGUGUAAAUUACUUUGGCUUCAAGCGUGUUAGAAUAUUCAUGUUGUACGUGGUUUCCUCAUGAAAGGGACGAUGAUGAACACGGAUGGUUGAGAAUACGACGUUGCCCUCCGCGCGUCUCGGUAGGUACUCGAGUUUUCAAGCACAGUCGCUACUCGGGUUUGCUCGCUACCCCAAAAGUGCACCUACUUAAGGGUUGCCUCGCGAGAACGUCGCCUUAGAGCUUCAUAAUUCCAAAAGAAGUCGAAUUACUAGAACUUUACCAGUUCAUAAUUGUGUCGCUACAAUUAUUGCUGUUUCCUUUACUAUUAUUUCUUUAAAUGUAUUUACUUAAUUUUGUCACCACUAUGUCAAAUUACUUUCUCACUUAUAUUAUAUUUAUCAUAGACAUCAGAUGCUUUUUGAAAAAUAUUUUCUACGUUCCUUUGGGCAUAUUAUUGAUGAUCAUUUGAAAAGGUU